GCUACAGUAAAUGGAUGAGCUUCUGCUUUAUUGCGAGCUUCUCCAGCCUCGUCAGGGACCAUGAGGACUCCGUCAUUAACAAAACGUGCAUCGCAUGAAAUGAUCAUUGCAUCAAAAAGGCACACACGAAACGUUCCCAUCAGAGAAAUCGUACGACCUUCGAGUAUCCCUUGGACUCCGGAUGCAGGCUGUUGAUUGUUCCAAACAUGUCUUCGCCAGCGACCUGUGUACCGUGGCCAUCAGAUAACACUACAUUGUCGUACGAUGACUUGUGAAAGGAUAUUGGAGCAGAUGAAGCCGUAGGAUCUAUCAGAAUUGGUUUAAAUAACAGCAUCUGCUGCCUCGACAAUGAUCACUCCAACCAUAUCAGCUCUUACUUCUUCAACAUAUCUUCGACACUUCGAAAUCAACAAUGGCCGUCACAGCAGUACCAACGAGCGAACAAGAGUUCACGAAGCUGAUGCACGGAAAAUCAGCAACUGAGCGCAACGCUUUCAUCUCUAUGCUGCGCAAAGAUGGAGAAGCUCAUCGCCUGAUCACUGACGAGUAUGUUCAACGCUGGACCGAGGACAGCGAUGCAGCUCGGAAGUCCAGACAGGAUUCAUAUAUGUCCUUGGUCAACAACUACUACGAUCUGGCAACUGAUCUGUACUGCGAAGGAUGGGGAGAGUCGUUCCAUCUGUGCCGUUUUGCUCCAAAGGAGUCCUUGAUACAGGCGUUGGCCCGCCAUGAGCACUACCUUGCCCAUAUGAUCAACAUCAAAGAAAACCACACAGUACUCGAUGUGGGUUGCGGUAUCGGUGGACCAGCAAGAGAAAUUGCCACAUUCGCUGGCUGCAAAGUUGUUGGGGUAAACAACAACAGGUACCAGAUUGAGAGAGCAACUGCACUCACAGCUAAGCGAGGUCUCUCGGAAAAGGUGUCUUUUGUUCAAGGCAAUUUCAUGCAUCUGAGCUUCCUAGACAACACCUUCGACGCUGUCUACGCCAUCGAGGCCACCUGCCACGCGCCAGUCCUCGAAGGCGUUUACUCGCAAAUGUACCGUGUCGCCAAACCAGGAGCAACAGUCGAAAUAUAUGAAUGGGUCAUGACGGACCGCUACGACGAGGCCAAUCCGGAACAUCGUAAAAUUCGCCAUGGCAUCGAGAGAGGUAACGGCAUCUCCAACAUGGUCACCAGAAAAGAAGCAGAGCGGGCAUUCAAGAAUGCAGGCUUCGAACUACUGCAUGACGAGGACCUGGCAGAGCGCAGCGACGCACGACCAUGGUAUGCACCCCUGAGCGGUAACAUCAACUAUGCAACUGGAGCUUGGGAUGUAUUGGGCGCAAUUCGCAUGACAAAGUUCGGGCGAUUCGCAAUGGAGACACUGCUUACGACACUCGAGACUGUCAGAUUGGCACCUUCUGGUACGGCGGAAACGGCCAAAGAACUGUCGGCUGGCGCUGAUGCUCUGGUCGCAGGCGGAAAGGCCGGUUUGUUUAGCCCAAUGUAUUUGAUGGUUGGAAAGAAGCCUCUAUAAGAUAUUAUU